AUGGCCGGGCUCCUGUCGCUGUCCUCGUCCUCACACCAUCUGGCGAUGCUGCUCCCCCAGGCCCAGUCGCCCGAGCGGCCGCUAGAGUCUGGCGGGCCUUUUGCUCGCAGUGCAGCAGAGCAGAUGCAAAGGCCAAGGGAGACGAAGGAUUUCCCAGCACCGCUGCAAGACGUGGCAGGCCGUUCGAUUCGCCGCCAGCACCGCCGCGUCCCUGUCCUACCAGCAGCAUUGAAUCGUGUGCCUAGCCAUCUAGGCCAAUUGCGGCAGCAAACGUGUUUGCACCAUGCCGAUGCACGCUAUGUCGACAUUAUCAACAAGGCGGCACAGCGCGGGGAAAGGUGCCGACCAGACUACUCGACAUGCUCCAUCCACACAGACUUUGGCAUCAUGACGGCGGGCAGUUCCUUUGCCCUGCGCAUGUCCAGCGAGCGGCCAACAUUCGUCAACAUGCGCUGCCGCCGACAUGGCAUGACCCGCCGACGCCGUCAUGGUGGUACGAUGAUUGGAAAGUCCAUACCCACUGCGUCGCCAGCUGGAUGGAAGUAUGCUAGCUCUUACCUAGUCCAUAUACGUGGUCUCUUGACCCAGAACAGGUCCGAGUCGGUCCAAGUACACGACCAAGACUGGCAAAACCAUCCAUGGCCAGCGUCUACGUCCGCCAUCCACAAUGCACAGCCUCGCUCGGAGCGCCAACCGAACCCCGAGGCCUGGAGCGAUGCGAUGCAGCCAGCAAAGACGACGCUAUUACCCCACAUUUUGGCGAUCCUGGUUCCCCGCCUUCUUACCACGUUCGAACACUCGCCGCACACGUUGAACUCGCCGCCGCACCAGCCUUCUGACUCGCAUAGCCUCCCCAAGCUUUUUUUGCCAUUGCUCUUGUCCUCGUGUACCGCCAUUCUAUGCAUUGACGCCCUGAGAUAUGCAUGUCACCCCCGGGAAUGGCCGUCUUGGAUGCUGCCCAAGUCCCAUCAUCGUGUGCUGGCCAAAAACCAUCACGAGACCCCUUUGAACAGCACUACUUUUGCUUCUUCCUUCACCGCAAUCCCUAUACACUACCAACCGAUACAAUUAAUCGCCAUGUGCAAGCAGAAAAUCACAAGUCACCGCUCUCUACCCGACAACAGCCCGUCUCGUGCCAGGAAUAGCGAUAAAGGGGGGUGA